CAUGUGUUUCAGUUGACUGGCGGUUAGCCGUACGUGUCCCGACGGCGACAGGCGCAUCAACCCCCGCUGUGAUGGAAGUUUCUCUACUCUUCUUCAAUCCCUAACAAAGUUACAAAACUGUUACCUUACUUCAGCUUCCACCUCAGUUCUACUAACUAAUAAGACAGAGGUGGGAAUGGUGAGGUGGGACUGUGAGGGUGGUGUUCUUCUUGUUGGGUGUUUGAUUUUGAGUGCUUUAGAGCUUUGUAGUUGCGGAAUAACCAGUGCUUAUGUGAGGAACGAUGACUUAUCUCUGGAUAUGCCAAUUGACAGUGACGUCUUCAGAGUGCCUCCUGGUUACAAUGCACCCCAACAGGUGCAUAUAACUCAAGGAGAUCAUGAAGGAAAGGGUGUGAUUGUCUCUUGGGUUACAGCAGAUGAACCCGGUUCAAGUACAGUGCUUUACUGGGCUGAAAAUAGCCAGCUAAAAAGCCGGGCUGAUGGUUUUAUACGUACCUACAAGUAUGUCAAUUACACCUCCGGUUAUAUUCAUCACUGCACCAUUAACAAUUUGGAGUUUAACACCAAAUACUUCUAUGAGGUCGGGUCUGGGAAUUCCACACGGCAGUUCUGGUUUAGAACUCCUCCAAGUGUUGGCCCCGAUGUUCCAUAUACAUUUGGCCUAAUAGGUGAUCUUGGUCAAACUCAUGAUUCAAAUAGGACACUCACCCAUUAUGAAUUAAACCCAACAAAAGGCCAGAUGGUAUUGUUCGUUGGAGACCUCUCUUAUGCAGAUGACUAUCCAUUGCAUGACAACAACAGGUGGGAUACAUGGGGAAGGUUCAUAGAGAGAAAUGCUGCUUAUCAACCUUGGGUAUGGACUGCAGGCAAUCAUGAGAUCGAUUAUGCUCCAGAACUUGGUGAAACUACACCCUUUAAGCCUUAUACAAAUCGUUAUCAUGUACCAUAUGAAGCAUCAGAUAGUACAUCCCCCUUUUGGUACUCCAUCAAGAGAGCUUCAGCCUAUAUCAUUGUCAUGUCGUCCUACACAGCUUUUGGGAAAUACACUCCACAAUACAAAUGGCUUGUAAAGGAACUGCCCAGAGUGAACAGGACUGAGACGCCGUGGCUUAUCGUUUUUAUGCAUUGCCCACUAUAUAGUAGUUAUGUACAUCAUUAUAUGGAAGGGGAAACCAUGAGAGUGAUUUAUGAGCAAUGGUUUGUGGAGUAUAAAGUUGAUGUUGUCUUUGCUGGUCAUGUUCAUGCCUAUGAACGAUCUGAACGUUUUUCAAAUAUCGCAUACAAUGUUGUAAAUGGGUUGUGCACUCCCAUUAGUGACCAAUCUGCUCCCGUUUACAUAACCAUUGGAGAUGGAGGAAAUCUUGAAGGACUGGCGACCAACAUGACAGAGCCCCAGCCAAGCUACUCGGCUUACCGUGAAGCCAGCUUUGGUCAUGGGAUUUUAGACAUAAAGAACAGGACUCAUGCCUAUUUUGGUUGGCAUCGCAAUCAAGAUGGCUAUGCUGUAGAAGCUGAUUCUGUAUGGUUGGCAAACAGAUAUUGGCAUCCCUCAGAAACAUCAUCUGUUGCUGCAAUAUGAUAAGAGUCAUUCUCUAGUCUGUAAAAAGUUACUUGAAAACAUGUAGAAUGCACAGUUCCCCUCUUCAUGAUCAGCCUUCCUUUUGCUUUGAUAUCUAGGUUCAACAGAGGAGGGGUGUGGAAGUAUUUAUGGCAGAUUUCAAAAUUUGCAGAUAAGUUAGAGUGUAUUGCAAAUAAAUUUCACUGUACGAAAUAUUUGUCAGAUAUUGUAAAGCACAAUUUGAUUUUAUAUGAAUCUAAAUAAAACUCAUUCAGUGUGUACAA